AUGGUGGAGAAUGGCAGUGGGACAGAUACAGCGGCCAGGUCGACGGUGCUUCAUGCUAAACCGGUGACAACCGGCUUCUUCAGUGGGUGGUGGCGUCGGCGACAAACUGAACCGACGACGGUUGCCAACAAUGACGACCAUUCGUGGGAGAUAAAAAAUCUAGGGUUUACCUUUGUAGGAGAAGAAAUCGAGCAAAGAGGGGUUAUGCCGGAGGAGCUAUGCUGUCGGAGAGGGAAGGAACGCCGGAAAAGGGGUGAACGAGCCGGAGAAGGGACGAGCAACGAGGGGUGGUUUUGGGUAGCGUUCACAGAAGACGAAGGUGGGAAGACAGAAGCGAGGAGUGUAGGAGUCGAUCGCUAA